GCUCACUGGUGAAGACCCACGGUCGCCUGAAAUCGUUGAACGUGUUGAUUGACAGUCAGUGGGUGUGUAAAGUAGGAGACAUGGCCAUGCCUUACUUCAGAAUAGGACAGAAGGAGCCCGAAGGAGGGCAGACCAAUUAUUUUAAAUAUUUGUGGACUGCACCCGAGUUAUUGCGAAUUCAUAGUGAUGGCAACAAAGGAACACAAAACGGAGAUGUAUACGCCUUUGGUAUAAUUCUACAGGAAAUUAUAAUGAGGUCUUUGCCUUAUGGCGAUGUUUUGAAGGAACGCGGUGACAACAGAAAAAUAGAAGAAAUCCUCAACAGAGUGAAGAACGCCGAGAUCCCGCCAUAUCGACCGCAUGUGCAACAAAGCAGCAAGGAGGAACGACGUCUUAUUGACCUACUGGAACGAUGCUGUGACGAGUCGCCCGCAGCAAGGCCGACUUUUGAGUACAUCCAGCACGCUCUGUCGAAACUCAACAGAGGGAGGAAAACGAACAUCUUGGAUCAGAUGAUUCACCGGAUGACGCUGUAUUCCGAGCAGCUGGAGAACAUGAUCCAGGAAAGGACGAUAAUGUUGAACGAGGAGAAGAAGAAGACGGACCAGAUCCUCUCCAAGAUGUUACCAAAACCUGUGAUUGAAGCCUUGAAAAUUGGAAAGUCGAUUGAGCCUGAAUCUUUCCCCUCUGUGACGGUUUUCUUCUCUGAUAUAGUUGGCUUCACAGAACUAGCUUCAGAAAGUACUCCAUAUCAGGUGGUGAGUUUUCUGAACAAUCUGUACAAUAGGUUUGACUAUAUAAUCGACCAUUUUGAUGUGUAUAAGGUGGAGACAAUUGGUGAUGCCUAUAUGGUUGUGAGCGGACUGCCAAUUAAAAACGGCAUACAACACGCGGGAGAGAUCGGUACCAUGUCAUUGCAACUCCUGAGUUCGGUGGACAAGUUUAAGAUCGCACACAGACCAACUCUUAAACUGAAGCUCAGAAUCGGGCUCCACAGUGGUCCGGUGGUGGCCGGUGUCGUAGGACAGACGAUGCCGCGUUACUGUUUGUUUGGAGACACCGUCAACUACGCCUCCAGGAUGGAGUCUUCCGGAGAAGCACUGCGGAUCCACGUGAGUCCCGAGUGUAAGCUGCUUCUGGACGAGCUGGGAGGGUACCACCUCAUUGAGAGAGGCGAGACUGUGAUGAAGGGAAAAGGAACUAUUGUGACAUAUUUUCUGGUUGGAAAAGACGGUUUUGCGGACUCUGUACUAGAGAGUGAUAUUAAUUCAUUUACCCAGAACAACAGUUAUAAAUAAGUGCCAGGGCAGAAAUACAUUUGGAAAUAUUUUGAUAUAGUGCUACAUGAGUGUUAUCUUAUUUAAAUAAAGAGGCUAUUAUCUGGAUAUCUUUCGUGUGUGUGCGCGCGAGCGCGCGUGCAUGUGUACAUGCGUGUGUU